AUGAUCGGAGAUGGGCAGCUUUUCAUGCAGCUGCUCAAGGACCUCUUCGAGGACGCAGAUGAUCUGGAUCUGGAUCUGGAUCUGACGGUGGAGGGGGCUGUGCCAGGAGGGACAGCCAUCGACAGCGAGACAUCCAGCAGCUGCGGCCUGAUCAAGGCGGCGCGUCCUGGGUCUGCGUUCCUGCCCCCACCCAGCAUCGAGCGGGCCGAGCGGGCGGUGAGCGGCCUUCUGUCGAGGCAGGAGGAGCGCCUGUGGCGGGGCGCGCGCGGGUGCAAGAGCGGCUUCGGCGGCAGCGGCCGGCGGCUCUGGAGACUGCUGGCAUCACUCUGGUCCUGGAUCACGUCAGCCCUCUUCGUCCUGACCAUGCCGUUCCGCCCUGCGGACCCGGUCAACGCGGUCAAAGCCUCACCAGAUGAGAUGACCGGCCCGCGCGCGUUUGGGUCCGUGACGCUGCCGCUGGGCGACAUGCAGCGGGUCAGCCGGCUGCUGAAUGUCACCAUCAACACGCUGGCGGUCUCCUGCCUGGCCGGCGGCCUGCGGCGCCACCUGCUUGCCCACGGCGGCGGCGCCGCCGCAGCCCCCGCGCCGCGCCGGUGGUGGUGGUCGCUCAAGGGGCCGCGCAGCGGCGAGGCCGCAGUGCCAAACAGCCUGCUGCUCUGCUCCAUGGUCGACACCAGGGCCAUGAAGCGCAGCGCAGCUGCCGCGGGCCCCGCCGCCCCCGCGGCGGCCGGCUGCAACUCCUUCUCAUUCAUCGGCGUCCCCGUACCGACCGGCCCCGCGCCGCCGCUCGCGCGCCUCGCGGCGGCGGGCGCGGCGCUGGACUGGAUCCGCGGCGGCGUGGCCGUCGCGCUGGCCGUCAUGCUGCCGCCGGCAGUCCAGUUCUUCGAGAGGGACAGCUUCAGGGCCGCGAAGAAGAUCACAGGGCUGCUGCCUGCGAAGGCGACGAUGGCGUUCAGCAACAUGAGGGGCCCCGUGAAGAGGGUGGCGCUGCAGGGGUACCUGGUGGAGCGCAUGUACAACGGCGUGCAGCCCAAUGCCUUUGGCAGCAUGAUCAGCCUCAUGAGCUACGAUGACACGGUCACCCUGGUGCACACCUGCUGGACCAGCAAGUCGUCACACCCAGAGGCUCUGCUGGGGGCCAUCGCCGAGGAGUGGGAGGCGCUGCGGGACGCGGCUGGCCUGGCCCCGCUGGCUGGGAAGCGGGGCCUCAAAGCCAAAGUGGCGUGA